AUGCCGUGGCGGCAAGGGGGGCCUGCAUGCGGGAAGGGCGAGGUGGCGCUGGGCGUGUCAUCCAUUCUCGAGUCUCUCUUCCGUAGGCCACAGCGCCUAGUCGUCCUCCUGGCCGGUUUCCUCGUCUUUCUCACACUCGCCACUUGGAUCAACCUCUCCCCAACCACAUAUGACAGGGUCAAGACGGGAUGGACCAACAACAUGCCAGCCGUGAAGAAUCCCUGGGCAGCUUCCACCACUCCUGCUGGCACUGCUGGCUCAGCCGCUGCUGCUGCAGCUGGAUACGGUGCGGCAAAGAGUGCCUCGGUGGCAGCUCAGGUGGAAGACAUGUACACCUUUGAUCCCUCCAAUCAUGUCCCUACCAGUCCCGAUGAUCUUCUCGCCUGGGGUCACAAGGGAGAUGAUGGCAACAUCUACCCUCCCGAAUUCAUCCCUCAGCAAGCCAACAAAGGCCCUCGUGCCAAAGCUGGCUUCAUUGUCCUAGUGCGAAAUUCGGAAUUGCAGGCUCUCAAGGAAUCUAUGAGGGACGUCGAGUCCAAGUUCAAUAGGAAAUACGGUUACCCCUGGAUCUUCCUCAACAAUGAACCCUUUUCUGAUGCAUUCAAAAAGGGUGUUCGACAGAUGACCCGUUCUGAAAUCAGAUUUGGACUGGUUGAAGAAAAGCAUUGGGGCUACCCAGAAUGGAUUGAUAAGAAUCGAGCUGCCAAGACUCGUGCGGAUAUGAAGGCAGCCAAUAUCAUCUAUGGUGAUUCGGAGAGCUACCGUCACAUGUGUCGAUUCCAAUCUGGCUUCUUCUUCCAACAUCCCCUCACUCAAGAUCUAGACUACUACUGGCGAGUAGAACCAGGAAUCAAACUCUACUGUGAUGUAGACUAUGAUCCAUUUGUAUUCAUGCAGAUGAACAACAAGACUUAUGGUUUCACAAUGGCACUGCAUGAGUACAUUGCCACCAUCCCCACUCUUUGGGAGACGACUCACAACUUUGUCAAGGCAAACCCACAAUACGUAGCAAAGGACAAUGGUCUUCACUUUAUGACCGACGAGCCCGAGCGUGGAAUGGACCCGGGUUACAAUCUCUGCCACUUUUGGUCCAAUUUCGAAAUCGGAGAUCUUAGGUUUUGGAGAGGAGAGGCCUACACAAAGUAUUUCGAGUACCUAGACAAGGCCGGUGGAUUCUUCUACGAGAGAUGGGGUGAUGCUCCCGUCCACUCCAUUGCCGCCAUUCUCUUCCUAGAUCGAUCCAGACUACAUCACUUUGAUGACAUUGGAUACUACCACGUACCUUGGGACCACUGUCCUUCCAACAAGGCAAAGUAUCACGAUACGGGAAGGUGCAAUUGUGAUCCGGACAAGUCUUUUGAUAGGGAAGGGUAUAGUUGUCUCAAGGAGGCAUGGAGGACACUCAAGGAGGGAGAACCAAAGUAG